AUGUCCCAGACUCAAGAAUUCGGCCUCACGGAAAACGUCGAGCGGAUAGUAGAAAAUGAGAAGAUUAACGCGGAGAAGACGUCAAAGCAGAAGGUGGACCUUCAGUCACUGCCCACGCGGGCCUAUCUGGAUCAGACCGUUGUACCGAUCUUAUUACAGGGACUUGCCGUGCUUGCAAAGGAGAGUUUCCCGAGUUCCCCAUCAAAGAAUGCC